CAGACGAUAGCCAAAGACCUAGGCGGGAGUACGACGACCACAUUCUGGAUCGGCACGGCCUACAUCCUGCCCUCGGCCUCGCUGCAGCCGUUCGUCUGCGAGCUGUCCCACCGCUACGGCCGCCGGCCAUUCCUCCUCAUCUCCACGUCCUUCUUCGCCGUGGGCUCAAUCGUCGGCGUCGUCGCCCGCACGAUGCCCGUGAUCAUCGCCGGCCGGGCGAUCCAGGGCAUCGGCGGGGCGGGGUUCAUCACCCUGCCGACGGUGGUGAUCACCGAUCGGUUCCCCGCCAGCCAGCGCCCACUGUACAUGUCCCUGAUCCAGAUAUUCUCCGCGUUGGGCAUGGCCAUGGGCCCCGUGGUCGGGGGCCUGAUCUCGCAGUAUGCCCACGAUGGUGGGGAUGGGCACGGCGGCUGGCGGUGGAUCUUCUAUGUCAACUUCCCCCUCUGCGCCGUGGGCUAUCUGGCCAUCUUGCUGACGCCGUGGCCGCCGCAUAGCAAUUCCCGUCGACCUGUUGACUGGGUCGGGUGCGUCCUGUUUACCUCCAGCCUCGUGUCGCUCAUGCUGGGCAUCACGUGGGGAGGGACGUUGUAUGAAUGGAGCAGCGUCAACGUGUUACUCCCACUGUGUCUGGGGGUGGCCGGGCUGGUCUGCACUGUGGGAUGGGAGCUAUGGGGGUCCGCUACGCCGUUUCUGCCCGCCGAGAUGCUGCGCAACGGUUCUUCGCUCGCGUUAUAUCUCGGGACAAUUCUCCAAGGGACUUCACUGUAUUGCUGUUUUUACCACAUCUCCUCCUACCUCGAGGGAAUCAGGCAUGAGACCCCGACCAUGGCCGGGGUAGGGUUACUCGCCAUCCUCUCGACGCUGAUCCCCGCCAGCCUCACCGCGUCAUGGGUGGCCACGAAGACGGGCCGCCUCCGCGAACUGAUGUGGUGCGGCUGGGUGGUCACCAUCACCGCCACCGCAACACUGUGCGUGUUGACCGCGCACAGCCCGACGGGGACCUGGGUCGGGAUCCUCCUCGCGCUGGGCGUCGGCCACGGGUUCCUGCUGAACAGCCAACUGUUCCUGGCGCAGGCGACGGCGCCCGCGUCGCACGCCGCCUACGCCAGCUGUCUCUACACCACCUUCCGGACCGUCGGGUUCGCGCUGGGCGUGGUGGUCGGCGCCACGGUGUUGCAGAAUCUGAUGGCGCGGUCGUUGCGGGAUUCGGGGUUUUCGGCGGAGACGGCCAAGCGCCUGGCGGAUGAUCUCGGGAAUCUGCAAUCCCUGGCGGCGGGGGCGGCG